AUGUUGUCUCGCUCCCUCCUUCGUCGAGCUGCGCGGGCCCGCCUGUCCCCCACGGCGCGCCCGUCCCAUCGCAGGCAUGCCUCUUCCGCAGCAGCUUUCAAAUGGGAAGACCCGCUCAACCUGUCAAACUUUCUGACCGAGGAAGAACAAGCGAUCCAAGAAACGGCGCAUUCUUACUGCCAGGAGCGCCUGCUACCCAGGGUUUUGGAAGCAUAUCGCAAGGAAGACUACGACAAGACAAUCUUGCAGGAAAUGGGCGAGUUAGGUCUGUUGGGUGCCACAAUAAAAGGUUACGGAUGUGCUGGCGUGAGCAACGUCGCUGCCGGUUUGAUAACGCGAGAAGUGGAAAGGGUUGACUCGGGGUACCGAUCAGGCAUGUCUGUCCAGAGCUCUCUGGUCAUGGGACCCAUAGAUGAGUUUGGGACACAGGAACAAAAGGACAAAUACUUGGAGAAGCUGGCCAGAGGCCAACUGGUUGGCUGUUUCGGCUUGACCGAGCCCAACCACGGCUCCGACCCGGGUUCAAUGGAGACGACUGCAAAGCCACACCCGUCGAAGGAGGGAUACUUCUCGCUAUCAGGGUCAAAGACCUGGAUCACGAAUUCGCCAAUCGCGGAUGUGCUACUUGUGUGGGCGAAGCUGCAAGAAACAGGCAAGAUUCGAGGAUUUUUGAUCGAGAGAGAAAAAUGCCCCCCAGGAACCCUCGAGACGCCACCUCUGAAGGACAAGAACGGACUUCGGGCAUCGAUAACGGGCAUGAUUCAGCUCGAUGACUGUCCCGUCCCCAAGGAGAACAUGUUUCCAGAUGUUGAAGGUCUCAGAGGUCCAUUCGCUUGCCUCAAUUCGGCGCGGUAUGGUAUCGCCUGGGGAACAAUGGGCGCCCUUGAAGACUGUAUCAGCCGGACCAGAGAGUAUGCCCUAGAGAGGAAGCAGUUCAAGAACAAUCCGCUUGCCAAAUAUCAGCUCGUUCAAAAGAAGCUAGCCGACGCCGUCACGGACGCGGCUUUUGGACUGGCCGCAGCGUAUCAAGUCGGUCGUCUGAAGGAUGAGGGCAAGGUCACUCCAGAAAUGAUUUCAAUGAUCAAGAGACAGAACUGUGAUCGAGCGUUGGUGAACGCCAGGCAUCUCCAGGAGAUCUUCGGUGGGAACGCCGUCAGCGAUGAGUACCACAUCGGUCGUCAUGUUGCAAAUCUUUUCGUGACGCAGACAUAUGAAGGACAGAGUGAUAUUCACGCCUUGAUCCUAGGCCGGGCCAUUACCGGGAUACAAGCAUUUUGCUAA